UGGACAAGUGGGUAUCAGGCUAGACUAUAAAUCUGAAGGUCAUUGAUUUGUGUCCCAUUGCUGCAAAAUUGUACCCCAUCAUUUGUAGCUGUGGGUGUGUUAUAAAAGUGACUGUUAAAUCUCACUAAGUGAUUAGAGUAUCCUAAGAGUUGAUAGUGGAUGCUGUUGAGUAGCUGUCUUCCUUCUAGUUUAUCAGUCCAAAAUUAGGGAUAGCUGGUAGAUGGCCAAUUAUAUACUUGUUGUCGUGUUGUGUUUACACUAAGUAAUUCUGGAAACGAGCAAAAUUACUUUGAGUGAAAUUUUGCAUCUAAACAAUUGUUACAGGUAUUUAAAGUAGAAACAUUUUAUGAACUUACUAAAUUUUUUAUGUUUGUGAUGAAGAAAUACAGGUAUUUAUGUCUUUUCUUCAUACAUUGUUAAACUAUUUAAAUAAUAGUAAUUUAUGAUUUCAUGGUAAUAAUAUAAGUCUCAAUUUUUUUUAUCAUAACCUAAACUUUGGAAUGUGUUUGAUGUGUACAUCUGUUUCUAACAGUCUGUUGUUCUUAUAGCUUUAAAUAUUAGAGUUUGUAGCCAGAUUUUAAUAUUAUAGAUGUAUAUUCUUAGGAAGAAUAUAACAGUGUUCAUGGAGGAAAGUGGACCAUGUGUAACUUAAAACUGUAUCUGGAAGGUACAAGAGGAAAAGAGGUGACUGACAAGCUAUUUGAAAGCAUUCGACAACUUGUCUUACAUUCCUUAAAAGCUGUGUCGAGUGUAAUUCUCAGUGACAGGCAUUGCUUUGAAUGCUAUGGGUAUGAUAUUAUUAUCAGUAAUGACUUAAAACCAUGGUUGAUCGAGGUAAAUGCUUCUCCAUCACUGACAGCUACAACGGCUAACGAUCGUAUCAUGAAACAGAAACUUAUUGCCGAUAUUUUGAAUAUUGUAGUACCAUUUGGAGAGAUUCCAGAUGUACGUUUGAGUAAAACACCAGACAAGUCACAGCUUGGGAGUUUUGAAGUCUUGUAUGAUGAAGAGCAAGCUGUGACAGAAGCCAGUACUGAAAAAGAAAUGCUGGGAAAGCAACAUAGAGAUCCUGUAAAAACUAGUGUCAAAGUAAGAGAAAAGUCAGCCCCUAGAUGGCGGUAGUAUCUCACUUCGCAAAUUUGUGAGAAGCACCAUUUGAAACGUUUAGAUAUUAAGAAAAUACAUAUAGAUUAUUUGCAUUAAAUUAAUAAUAAUACAGUUAUAAUGUCUUUUACAGUAUCCACUAUGUGAUGCAGU